GGACGCUCCCACAGUCUCCCACCCAGUUUAGGUCUGCGUCAUAAGUAUCCCCAAACCUGGGUUUGCAGCUGCUUAAGACAGGCAAGGGAGAAAGUAGGUCCUGUUAGGGCUAGCGCGAUCUCUUCUCUUUACAACCUGCAACCCAAGACGCUGAUUCCAGCCAAGCCUUACCGCACAGCCCAAAGAUACACGAUGGUGAAAACAGCCUUCAAUACAGUCACAGCGGUGCAAAAAGAGGAGGCACGGCAAGACGUGGAGGCCCUUGUAAACCGAACGGUGGGAGCUCAGAUCUUGACCCGCAAGGAGCUCCAAUUUGCCACCCAGGAAAAAGAGGGCUCCUCUGGUAGAUGCAUGCUUACUCUUUCAUACAUCUUGGCAGGACUUAUUGUUGGUGGAGCCUGCAUUUACAAGUACUUCGUGCCCAAGAAUACCAUCUACCAUGGAGAGAUGUGCUUCUUUGACUCUGAAGACCCUGCAAAUUCCCUUCAAGGAGCAGAGCCCUACUUCCUGCCUGUGACAGAGGAAGCUGACAUCCGUGAAGAUGACAACAUCGCAAUCAUUGAUGUGCCUGUCCCCAGUUUCUCUGAUAGUGAUCCUGCAGCUAUUAUUCACGACUUUGAAAAGGGCAUGACUGCUUACCUGGACUUGCUCCUAGGGAACUGUUAUCUGAUGCCUCUCAAUACUUCUGUUGUUCUUCCUCCAAAGAAUUUGGUGGAGUUCUUUGGCAAACUGGAAAGUGGCAGAUACCUGUCUCACACAUAUGUUGUUCGUGAAGACCUGGUUGCUGUAGAGGAGAUCCGUGAUGUUAGCAACCUUGGCAUAUUUAUUUACCAACUUUGCAACAACCGCAAGUCCUUCCGCCUUCGUAGAAGAGACCUCUUGCUGGGUUUCAACAAACGUGCCAUUGAUAAAUGCUGGAAGAUUAGACACUUCCCCAACGAAUUUGUUGUUGAGACCAAGAUCUGUCAAGAGUGAGAGGCAACAGGAAAAGAGUAUCCUUAGUAAUAAGAAGUCAGAGAUUUACAAUAUGACUUCAACAUUAAAGUGUGUGGGAUACUCAUGAUAUUACUCAUGCAUACUCUAUUUCUUAUACAAAAAAAAAAGAAGGAAAAAAAACUAACCACUGCAAAUUCUUGUCGAUUUUUAGUUUAAUUGGCAUUUCUUUUUGUUUGAAAUUUAAAUUAAAUAAUUCUGUGUUUUUCUUUUCAAUUUAUAGGGUUUAGACUUCGGAAAGCAGCAUGAAUAUAUCAGCUAACGUCCUGACAAUAAAUUCCAUCCUUUGUGUGUGGUUUUUUAAAGUAAGUUCUUCACUCAAUCACAUGGUAGAACAUGUUUUAAAUUUAAAAUAUUUAAAAAUUUUUUUGAAUUUUUUUGUAAAACACAUCAAAUCUCUUAA